GAAGGAAAUAGGUGACGAUUCGGGCCGAAACCCUUCUUCAGACCCUGCUAAGGGAGGGGCGGGGAUAGCGCGCCGCCAAUAAGAAUGAGGGUGACGUGGAGGGGCGGGACCGCAAACGUGGAGCGGGAAGACACGGGCCCCACCAUGGCCGUGCCUGCGGCCCCUACCCUCUGCUCCGAGCGUUUCGGCUCCGGACCGCCCCGGCUCUACGUAGGGGUGGCUGGCGGGCGUCUGGUGGGACAGCACGAGGACACGGGCCGAAUGUCCAGCUCGCUGUCCAGCACCCUCUCUUCGGUGUUCCUUCCGCAAGGAUAUCCUGAUAGUGUUAGUGCCGACUAUUUACCCUAUCAACUGUGGGAUACGGUGCAGGCUUUUGCAAGCACCAUUACGGGAGCCUUGGCCACACAAGCGGUGCUGAAGGGCGUUGGGGUUGGUGAUGGAUCCGCCUCUGUGGCAGCUGCCUCACUAACAUGGAUGUUGAAAGAUGGCACUGGGAUGAUUGGACGCAUACUGUUUGCCUGGAUGAAAGGAACACACCUGGACCGUGAUGCCAAACAGUGGAGACUCUUUGCCGACCUUCUGAACGACAUCGCCAUUUUUAUUGAGAUCGUGGCUCCGUUCUUUCCAGCGAUUUUCACUCUGGUCGUCUGCAUCUCUUGCAUCUUUAAGGCAGUAGUUGGGGUGUCGGGCGGAGCAACACGAGCCGCACUCACCUCCCAUCAGGCCCGGAGAGACAACAUGGCUGACGUAUCAGCGAAGGACGGGAGUCAAGAGACGUUGGUGAACUUGGCCGGUCUCUGCACCGGUCUCCUGCUCACCCCCCUCGCUGCCGACAGCACCCUCCUCACCUACCUCCUCUUCUUCCUCUUCACCUCCCUCCAUCUCUACGCCAAUGUCCGGGCAGUGCGAUCCGUCGUCAUGGAGACUGUGAACCGGGGGAGACUUCGGAUACUCCUGGAGGACUUCCUGAGAGAGGGAACAGUUCCCUCUCCCCCCUCCGUCAACUCCCGUGAACCUCUCCUGCCCGUGCUGUGGGAGAGAGAGAGAUUGAUUCUGGGUGCCCCUCUUCACCGCGUUGUUGGCAGCACUUAUGAACUUAAAAAGGCCACAGAGAAUAAUACAAAGAAUUAUUUACUUGGAGUACAUAAAAAGAAGGGUGAGGUGUGUGUAUCGUUACGGGAGGGGGAUCGGGAAGCCUCGAUGUGUUACAAGCUGCGUUCCAUGCGGAAUUAUUGUUCCUGAUCCUGAACCGCGAUCUCUCCGAGUUUCCCAUGGAACAUCGUAAAUUAACAGACCUGCAGCGAAAUGCAAGAGCAGAGAUGAAUGAUCGACUCUGGGGGCUGGUGUCAGACACACACUCCGUGAUGGAUGAGCUUUGGACUCCUCUGCUCCGGGGAGUAUCCUCCAAUGGCUGGGACACACAGAGAGAACAACUGGGGAAGGAGGAGUGGAGGGGGCGCUGGGGACUGGUAAAGUGGGAGUGAUGGAGGGGGAGACAGAGAGGCAG